AUGGUGGUAUAUCUUCUCUUUCUAAAGACAUGUGAAUUAGAUACUGGUCUGUGUCCCAUGAUUGAUCCCCUCCCUGUUCCACAUGAGUGGUACCAGCAAGGUGGCAUCCUCAUUGGUGGGGUUGCUUCUCAGAUCCUGUAUCAUUUUACAAAACCUGAUUUCAGAGAACAUCCUUCGGAAGAGUUAUAUAACUUUCCAGAAGUGCUGAUAAAAUUCUACCAGGACAUCCUUUCCCUGGCAUUUGCUGUCAAGGAGAUCAACAAAAGUUCCAAGAUUUUGCCCAAUGUCACACUUGGAUUCCAUAUCUAUGACAGCUACUAUGAUGGAAGACUGACCUAUCGGACAACUCUAGAUAUUCUCUUCAAAUCACACAGAUUUGUCCUCAACUAUCAUUGUGACACACAGAAAAACCUCAUAGCUGUCAUUGGUGGACGUGACAUUGAUACCUCUUCCCAUAUGGAAGACAUUUUAGGUCUCUUCAAGAUUCCACAGCUCACCUAUGGCUCCUUCCCUUCCGAGGAGAGUGAUACUAGUAGAGUCCAUUCUUUUUACCACAUGGUCCCAAAUGAAGUUCUUCAGUACACAGGGCUUGUCAGCUUGCUUAAGCAUUUUCAGUGGACCUGGGUGGGGCUCUUUGCUCCAGAUGAUAGCAGUGCAGAUUUUUUCGCCCAGAAACUGGAAUCAUUGUUUUCCCAGCAUGGAAUCUGUUUAGCUUUCACCAAAAAAAUUAAACAAAUAGCCCGUUUUGAUGAUUAUAGCAGUCUUGGUGAGAUAAUCGACAGAAUCUUCAUAAAUUUAAGAGAUGACAAAGUCAAUGCACGGAUCAUCUAUGGAGACUCUAUGACACUUGUAUGGCUGAGAACCAUUAUUUUUAUAGGAGAACUUGAAAAGAGGUGGGAUGCAAUUAAAAAGGUGUGGAUCACCACAAGCCAGGUUGACUUCAUAUUAACAGGCCUUCAGAGGAAUGCGGGGGACCUUCAGGUGUUCCAUGGUGCAAUUGCCUUUACAAUUCACUCAAAUGAGGUUCUAGGAUUCAAGGAAUUUGUUCAGACAGUCAAGCCUCACUGGGCAGAAGAAGAUGAAUUUCUUAAAGACAUCUGGGAGCAAGCAUUUGACUGUUCAUUUUCAAAUCCUGAAGAAUCUACAAAUGACACUGGAGCAUGUACUGGGGAAGAGAAAUUGGAGAGUCUGCCUACACCUCUGUUUGAAAUGCAUAUGUCUGGCCACAGCUACAGUAUCUAUAAUGCAGUUCAUGCUGUUGCUCAUGCUCUGCAUGGCAUUUACACAGCUACAAUGAGGCACCCAGUAAUGGUGACUAGGAAAAGAGUUGAACUUCAGGAUCUGAAGCCAUGGCUGUUAUUUCCAUUUCUUCAUGAUAUAUCUUUUAAUAACUCAGUGGGAGAAACAAUCUCUUUUGAUGCUAAAAGGGAAAUGGGAGGUGGAUUUGACAUUAACAACAUAGUCACAUUUCCAAAUAAGUCCUUCCAGAGAGUGAAAAUUGGAAGAGUGGGUCCUGAUGGCCAUGAAGGAAAAGAAUUCAUCAUUUACGAAGACCAGAUUGAGUGGCACAGUAGUUUUAAUCAGGUACUUCCCAUCUCUGUGUGUAACGAACAUUGUCAGCCUGGUUAUCAGAAGAAAAAGAAGGAAGUGCGGUUUUUUUGCUGCUACGAUUGUGUUUUUUGCCCAGAAGGCAAGAUUUCAAACCAGAUGGAUAUGACUGACUGUUUCAAAUGCCCAGAAGAUCAGUAUCCAAGCAGUGACCAAACUCAAUGCCUCCCCAAAACUAUAACAUUUCUUUCCUAUGAAGAACCUUUAGGGAUUUGUUUAGCCUCAGUUGCUGUUUCUUUUUCUCUCAUCACAGCUUCUGUGUUACAAAUUUUUAUUAAGCACAAAGAUACCCCCAUUGUCAAAGCUAACAACCGGGACCUCACAUACAUUCUCCUCAUUUCCCUUCUGCUCUGCUUCCUCUCUUCAUUGCUAUUCAUUGGACAACCUGGGAAAGCAAGCUGCCUCCUCCGACAACCAGCUUUUGGCAUCAUCUUCUCUGUGGCUGUUUCUUGUGUUUUGGCCAAAACUGCCAUGGUUUUUCUAGCGUUUAUAGCCACAAAACCUGGAUCUAGGGUGAGGAAGUGGGUGGGGAAAAAACAGGCCUAUUCAAUUUUACUUUCUUGUUCUCUUAUUCAAGCAAGUCUUUGCAUUGCGUGGCUCUUAAGCACGCCCCCAUUCCCUGAUUUAGAUAAGUAUUCGGUAUCUCAAAAGGUCAUUGUGCAAUGUAAUGAAGGGUCAGUUGCCAUUUUCUACACUGUCUUGGGCUAUAUGGGCCUCUUGGCAAUCAUCAGCUUCAUUGUGGCAUUCCUAGUCCGUAAACUACCUGACAGUUUUAAUGAAGCCAAGUUUAUCACCUUCAGCAUGCUGCUCUUUUGCAGUGUUUGGGUUUCCUUUGUUCCAACUUACCUGGGCACCAAAGGAAAAGACAUGGUAGCUGUGGAGAUCUUCUCUAUAUUAUCUUCCAGUGCUGGGCUCCUGGGUUGCAUAUUUUCCCCUAAAUGCUACAUUAUUCUGUUAAGGCCUGAGUUGAACAAGAAGGAACAGCUUAUAAGGAAAAUGAAGUGA